UUUUUGGCACAGCACAUACAGACACACACGAGCUCUCGUGUUCACUGAGCCGUGAACAGACCCCGGUGAGACGUUCAAUCAGAAAGUCAUCUGCAAACAUGCACGCGUAUACCGUGUUUUGUCCUGUGUUGCUGAUAUGGUCAUGCCACAUAAAGAAAAGUUGGUCCAACAUGACUGAAAGCCAAAUGGGUGAAAAGGCUACAACAGAGUAUGAUUAUUCCACAGAACCAGAUUAUGGCUUGUAUGAACAAAGUUGCAAUAAGACCAACAAUCGUACUUUCAGAGCCUGGUUCCUGCCCACCAUCUACACCAUCAUCUGCCUCCUGGCUCUCAUGGGGAACUUUCUGGUCAUCCUGACCUACCUUUACUUCAAGAGGCUGAAGACAAUGACAGAUGUUUACCUGUUCAAUCUGGCCAUGGCUGACCUGCUGUUUGCCAUUUCUCUCCCCUUCUGGGCAGCUAGUUUCAUGAGUACGUGGCAUUUGGGUUUGUAUCCAUGCAAAGCCAUGUUCACCAUCUACAAGGUCAGCUUCUUCAGUGGCAUGUUCCUCCUCACCUGCAUCAGUAUUGAUCGCUAUUUCUCCAUAACGAAGGCUGUUUCUGCUCAUCGCUGUCGCUCCAGCGCAGUCUACUAUGGUCAGGUGUCUUCUCUGGUCACCUGGGUGAUGGCGGUCGUCUUUUCUGUACCUGACAUAGUUUUCGCUGAAAUCAAUAGCAGGGGCACCUGUUCAGCAAAUGUCAACUAUCAGGACUACCAUGUUAAGAUGGUGAUAAGUCAGAUGGUCUUGGGUUUUAUCAUCCCAGCAGUCGUCAUGGGGUUCUGUUACUUCUGCAUCAUUAAAACCCUCAUGCAGGCCAAGAACUUUGAGAGAAAUAAAGCCUUCAAGGUAAUCAUUGCAGUGGUCGUUGUCUUCGUGUUCAGUCAGCUACCCUACAAUGUAGUCAUGGGAAUUUCUGCCCAGCAAACAACAGAUUGUGCCAAGGACAAUAUUCGUCUUUUUGCGAUGGAUGUGACCAUGGCUGUGGCCUUCUUGCGCUGCUGUGUGAACCCAUUCCUGUACGCCUUUAUUGGGGUUAAGUUUCGCAAUGAUCUCCUGAAGCUUUUGAAAGACCUGGGAUGUCUCAGAACGAGCCACUUAAUGUACACCCACUGCGGGAGACGAAGAUCUUCUGUCGGCCUGGACACAGAAACCACCACAACCUUUUCUCCAUGAAUACUCAAGAACAUAUUGCCAAAAACAAAAAGGUUACCGUUAUAUAGUAUAUCGCUUGAUAAGCUGCCUGUGGAGGACUAUGGUGACAUUUACUUGCGUUCUGAACAUGUUGCUAUUCUAAUGUUACAAGUAACUUAAAGUCUGGGUAAAGAGAAUUCUGUUUCAAAUCCCAUUUUAAAUGUUAAAAAUGUAUUGCUCAAAUACAUUACAAAGACUCUGAAGUAUGUAGUACUGAAUUGUGGGGUCAAACCAUGAAAAUAGCCAUUAAAUGGAAGUUAAGAUUGUCAUUUAUUUGUACAUCCACUUGAAAUGGUUUCUGAAAUGAGAAAAAAUGUAGGUCAGUGCAUGAUUUUGUCCUUUUGGAUGCUGCUAACAAAAUGGAGGAAGAUUUGAAUGCCACUUUGUAGUUUUAGAGGAUUACUGUCCACCAAAGUCACCUUCAGCACCUUCUGGUCCAGAAUGUUUUCAGAUGCCGGAUGAAAUUUUAUUGACAGAAUUGUAUGAUAAUCCUCUGAACCACUGCCUAACCCUAACCCCUAACCUAGUGAAGGAAGGACAAAAACGAGACCCGCACUGAAACCCCCGCCCUAAAGGACUGAUAGCCAUUCUUGCCAUAAAAAAAAAUUGUUGUCAUUAGUAUUUUAAUAAACUUUAAUAAGUAAAACUGUCUGAGAUGUGAACAAAAGCAAGUGAUGCAUCAAAGUUUGAUAAAAAAAAAUCGUAAAUAGUUAUAAAAAUCCUUAUAAUCAAGAAAAUAAUUUAUAAAAAUAAUUACUUUACAAAUCUUGAAUGAUAUUAAUAAUAUGACGUAGUUCCUGAAACUUUCUACUUCUGUUUAUCCGUCUGACUUUACAGUCAGUUCCUUUUUACCACCCCCUGUCGCUUUUAAGAAUAUCACAAUGGCGAAUGCGACAAUUGUAAAAGCCUUGUCUAUUUCGUGAGGUGUGCACGCAGUCAGCGGAGGUGCACGAUGCGGCGACAGGCAAAAGUACAAAUCCAGCUUUUAGUAGCUCCGCCUUAAAGGCAUUCCAUGUGACCAGAAGUGAAGAAAAGUUGUUUUGAGGGGGGAGGGAGGGUUAUGGUAUUUGUUUAAAGAUUAUGAGGGCAAAUCAAUUUUUAAUAGGUAAUAAAGUGCACAGAUUUAUAACAAGCACUACUAUAUACAUAUGAAAAUAAGAAGAGUACAUUUUGAUUUUAAGCCGACUUUAAAGGGCACCUAUUUUACACAUUUUUCAAGAUUUGCCUCGGUUGCAUUAGAUAACCAGAACAAUGACAGACAUGAAGGAAGCAGAUCUCUUGAGCGUCUUUGAGAAAUGCUACAGUAAGAACUUUCCCAAUGAUUAUUUGACGUAUGUGUUGUGGAGUUAAUUCAAGCCUUUCUGCGACGAUGAGUCACACACAAUGUCGUUACAAAGUUCAUGCACACACAGACACAGUGCGUGCUUAACUUUGCAUGGUCUUUGCCCGGCAAAUGUGACAGGAUACACGUUAAUAUCCACUGCUGUAUGCAUAUCCAUUAUGUUAAUGUACAAAAUAAACACGAUUUAACCUCCACAACCCGGGAUUAAAGCAUCGUCUUUUAUAAUUGUACUGGUGCGCAGCUGUGGUGAUGAAGUAGAUGGUAAAAUCACUGUAAUUCAUUACACACAUGCACUGUUUUUAUAAAACGUUUUAAACUUGUAAAACUCACUCUUGAUCACAUUUGAUGAUGAUUGAUGAUCACAGAGAGCUGAACAGAUCUUUUAUCCCAGUUGCUUUGCACACAUCCUGUCUUAUUGAUAUGAUUAUACGUGUUACUACAGAGACAUGUUAAUAUAAGUCUGUCAGUCAAUUCGGUGGGCGAGGAAACCACACUC